CUGGCGGUUUUUUGAAAGCAUAAAAGCAGUAGGAAAGUAUGUCAAGUGCCUUCUAAAUGCGUAAAGACGCAUGCGAGUGAUCUCCAUCGUCUUCCAUUCCCGCUUUGGAGGUAUUUCAGCUAGAAUGUUGGAUUCCAAGGAGUCUGGAGUGAGAAUGUCCGCACAUAGGAUUUCGUUUUCCAUCAUUGAUAUAUUGGAUCCACAAAAAUUCAAUAGCAAAAGGAUAGGCGCUGCCAAAGAGAAGUUUUGGUCACCAAAUGCAGAAGUGGCAAGUUUGAAAGCGGACGGCGGCGCAGGUGGAGAACUGACGGUGGAGCACGUGAAAACAGAGGAAGAAACGCAGACGGACUCAGCAACGGAUGCCACUUGCCAGGCUGCCAACGACUGUACACUUUCAGAAGGUCCCACGAAUGACCCAGCGCCUUGUCUUACAGAAGAUCUGGACGAUGAGGACAGUGGUGGUACCGGAGCCGUUAACUCAGUAUCACCUGACCCUUCUCACAAGCGGCGGCGCUCUGACCACGGCAGCGCCAAGCCGCGGCGAGCCAGGACAGCGUUCACUUAUGAACAACUGGUAGCUCUGGAGAACAAAUUCCGUGCCACGCGAUAUCUGUCUGUGUGCGAAAGACUCAACCUGGCGCUCUCCCUCAGUCUCACUGAAACCCAGGUUAAGAUUUGGUUCCAGAACCGAAGAACCAAAUGGAAAAAGCAGAACCCAGGUGCAGACAGCACUAUGCAGCCCGUCUCAAACUCUAUACUCAGUGUCAGCCCAAGUCCAGUAACCUGUGGGUCGAAUCCUGCCAGUUACCAGACUUUUCCAUCCUUCAGUUCUGGUAAUAUAAUUUUCCAUUCGACGGGUGCAGUUCCCCUAUCGUCCACAGGAGGGCUUCUGCAUCCCUUUAUGCACAACGGAUAUUUACAACCACCUUACUUCACUCCACAUUUAUAAAAUGAGUAUGUUAUUAUGUAGUGACACACAGCAACAACUCGUUGGGCAAUCCAAGUGUUAUAUCCUAUAAAUAAGAAUUCCUAAAUACGUCCUAAUAACAGAGGCAGCCCAGUAAUUAGUGUGCAGAAGAAGAAAUGUCGGACAUUCUGUGAGUAAACUGAAAUGAUCAGAUGGCGCUUCAAAAUCCCUCCGCGUUCAGUUAAACACCUCUAAAGUGAUAUGUCAUCCUCUGUUGACGAAACCGAUGUACAUAAUGUAAAGAAAAAACAGAUACCAUAUUAUAACGUCUUCCAGCGCUCAUAUAGACUAAGAAGAAAUACCGGUUUGAAUUGUUUCAGUAUGGCGUUGUUUGAACAAUUUUUUUAUAGUGUCUGGAUAAAAAGUGC